AUGUGGGUAAUAAUUGGCCCCUUCGACGCAGAUGUUCCAGGUGAACUGGCGUUUGAAAAGCAAAAGUUGCUGAAGCCCUCAAAAACAUACUCCCUUGGGAGGAAGGGACAGAACCUUAUAGUGAAUAGCAAGAAGAUAUCCGGUCAUCAUUGCGAUUUCAUCGUUGGAGAGCAUACCGUCGACCAUGUUGGAGAUCAUACCGUUAUUCCAACACUCGAGAUACUUAACACUAAUGCCAAAGACAAGACGUACUCCAUCACGCGAAGAGAAGACUUCAUUGGGGCUGGGCAGAACGAGAAGGUGGUUUUGGAAUCUGGAGAUUCUAUUGCCCUUAUUACUGGGAUACUUGUGAGAGUGGAAUGGAGACCCAUAUGUAUCUUCCAACCUCCAUCCCGGGGUAAAUCUUCGGUUUCAAGUGCGACUCUUAACGGUUGUGCUUCGUUAGGCAUAAAGCUAUCGCAAAAGAUGCACGAAAACGUCACACACCAUCUGGCUUCCCAUUACGUCGCCAACUUGACGAUGAUCGCCUCCUUGCUCAACAUGACACGAAUCGUCAAGCCCGAAUGGCUCAGCGAAAUCCUUCGACUGGGUGCGCUAGACAAGGAAGACGAAAAUGCGACCGGCACUUCUCUUGAAGAACGCUUGGCGUUGCCAGUAGAAACGAAGUACCGCCCUGCGUUUUCUCCUUCUCUGUUACCAAAACAGAAGACAUUCGACGUGUGGGAACCUAACGAAGAGAGGGUGAAUCUUCUCAAGCCCUUUCGUUUUAUAUGUAUGCAAGAGAAGGCCACCGAGUUGGACGCCGAGAUUCGAGAGGCCAUUGAUCGCGGUGGGGGGAGCUAUGAAACGUUCAAAGUCUCUGAUGGCGUGGAGAAACUCCCAAGAGUUUUGGCGAGGAGUCGGGCGAAAGAGGGGAAGAAGACAAUUGUUGUUGGUGAUAUAGACUCUUUGCAGACGGCGGUUGGGGCCUCGACGUGGAAGGAGUUCGUUUCAGAGGCAAGAAGCUAUUCAACAGACAUAUUCGCCCCCUCAAAGAUUGUCCAAGCUGUCAUUGAGAUCAAUACCUCUGUUUUGGAAGUGCCUACGGAGGAUUCCGCUCCUCGCUCCUCACCGCUGCCCGAUAACGUUCCAAAUUCGAUACCAGAGGAACCUACCAUGCAGCCUGAUGAGCUACCCAAUAGGAAGCGUCGAAGUGAUGCAGUCGUAGACGAGAACUCCGAGCGUCCGGGUAAGAGGCUUGCGCCGGUCGCAGCCUUCUCGCCUGAACCUGUUGAGCGUUCAUCUAAACGGCUGAAGCCUGUAUCCUCGCCGCUACCCCCUGAGCCUGUUGAACCGCCUGCGACUGAGGUGAAACCUUUUGCCAGUCGCGGGCGGUUGGGAAUGUCCCGUGAGACGACAGCUGAACUAGAGGCCCCGUCUCCGCCCCGUAAAGUUGGUGUUUUAUUCUCGCUCUUGUGGCUCUGCCUAUCGAAGAUAUUGCUAAUUGUGGAUAGUGACAUUGGUGCUUCCUCGAAGAAGAGGAAGCUUGGUUUCGCUGGGCUUCUUGACACAGAUCAGGAUGCAGAGGCGAAGCGCCACGAGAGGAUGCGAAAGAGGGCAGAAGCCGCCGCCGCUGCUGCAGCAGCUGCAUCGGCUACUGCGCAGACCGACUCAGCAUGGCCAGCCAUCCCACCGACACAGCAGCCCGAAGAGCCGCCUCUCAAAAAAUUCAGACCUCUCUUCGAAUCGACGGCGAAAGACCCCGAGGAGCUGGAGCGCUUUAAGCGGUCGCUCGCAGACCCGAAUAUGGAUGUGCAGGCGAUUGUGAACGGGACUCAGUCGCAGACGCAAACGCAGGCGGGCGAGACGCAGGGGAGCAGACGGAAUGCCGCGGGGCGUACGAUGGGGGUGUCGACGAUGGAGAUUUUGAGGGAGGAGGAUGAGGAAGAUACUCAGGGUGGACAAACGGCGCCAGGUGAGAGGGGGCCGAGGGGUGCGAAGCGUGCUCGACUGGACUCUAUGGAGGAGAGCGGUGCGGGUAUGGAGGAAGCGGGAAUGGUACGAUCGCGAUCGCGUGCGGUGUCGAAUGCGAGCGUGGGUUCGACGACAGGCGCGUCGGCUGCGAAAAGGAGGGCGGUAGAGAAUGUGAAUGCUGUUCAGCGGACGGCGGAGUCUGAGCCUCCAGCUGGGCCGUCGAAGAAGCCUAUAUCUACGACAUUUGAAGCUUUCGAUUCUCGCGAGGCGAAAAAUAAAGCGAAAGAGCAGGAGAAGGAAGCUGAGAAGGCCAAGUGCAAACAGGCGUCUUCGUCAAAGGUGGACACCGACCAGCCAUUCCUCACAGCCAUCGCCAGCAGGAAGCGCGGGAAGAAGGCGGAAAACCUAGACCAAUUCGACAAAGAUUUCAACAAUCUGCAGAUUGUCAAACCCAAGUUGGACAGUGACCGCAGGGACCCGGAGGAGGAGUGGGCUCUGCUGAAGGAGUUUGGAGAUGAUUCGGACGUGCGCGGAAAUUUCAUGAUUAUCGUAGAUCUGGAAGUGUACAAGAAGGACGAGGCGGCGAUUGAGGCGCAGCGCCAGAAGAGCUGGAAUCCUGCGUGGGAUGGGAGGCCGAACUUUAAAAAGUUCAAGCAGAAGGCUCCCAGGGCACCUCGAGAAAAGAUCGAGCUUUUCGCUACUCAGGACAAAGAACCGACUGUAGAUCCAUCUUACUGGAAAGUGAAGAAAUCCAAAAAUAUGGAGGGAUACACAGAAUCACAAUCUUACAACAACGACAUGGAUAUGGGUUCCCAAAUGGAUUCCCAGCCGAUGCCCACAGCAACAACAGCAUUGAGUCAAUCAAUGUAUGACUUUGGAGACGAGGAAACUCAGGAAACUGGGACUGUCAAUAUCCGGCGGACCUCUCGCAAGCCUCCGUCGACUGCUGAGAGCGUGGCUAGCACUAGCAGGUCGAAGAAACCAACAAGCAGUAGCAGCAAGGCCAAGGUGGCUGCCAAGAAAAAGAACGCGCUAUUUUUAGACUCGGAUGACGACAUUCAGGAAGUCGACGAGAACGUGUUGGACGUGCCGCCGAAGAGCUCUCGGGCGCGCUCGUCAAGAUACACGCAAGCUGAGGAACCCGAUAGCGAUUUUGAUGUGGACCAGACGCUGCAGACUCAGUCUGAGCUCAAGCCCAAAGUCAAAGGGAAAGCCAAGGCCCCUGCAGGAGGCACCAAGCGCGCGGCAGCGACGCGGGGAGCUGCUGGGAAAGGACGAUCGAAAGCUGCGCCUAUUGUUGUGGAUGAAGACUCAGAUGAUGCGGUUUUCAAGGGUUUUGGGAGGUAG